AUGAACAAAACAAAGCCAGCAAUUGAUAAAAUUCGUCAAAUAAUUCCACCACUCUUACCAGAAUUUCAUAAAGGCCAAGCAGGUAGAAUAUGUGUUGUCGGUGGCUCUGAAGAGUAUACUGGCGCUCCUUAUUUUAGCUCCUUUUCAGCUUUGAAACUUGUAAGUAAAGCAAUUAUGGUUAAACCCCUUAUUGAUACAACUAAAUCUAAUUCGAAUUCAUUUCUCGAUUUGUUUCAUGAUAGGGCGCCGACAUGGCUUUCGUGGUCUGCGAACCGACAGCAGCCUUGGCAAUUAAGGGACACGGGCAAGACUUUAGAAGAGGUAAUAAAUAACGUGGCUGGACUUUUCCCACGAACUCAUGUUGUAGUUGUAGGUCCUGGAUUAUCAAGAGAUAAGAUGAUGUUGGAAUGCGCCAAAGGCAUCAUAACAAAGGUUAAAGAAAAAAAUUUACCAUUAGUUAUUGACGCGGAUGGUUUAUUCCUAAUUCAAAACCACCCAGAAAUUAUUAAAGACUAUCAUAAAGCAAUUUUAACGCCUAACGUCGUUGAAUUCAAGAGACUUUGUGAUAGAAUGAAUGUUAACCCUGAGGGUGAUAAUACGGAUAACAUGAUAAAAUCAUUAGGUCAAGCUUUUGGUGGAGUAACUAUUGUCCAAAAGGGACAAAAUGAUUUCAUCUCCGAUGGAAAUGAAGUGUUCAAAGUUGAUGAAAAAGGGGGGCUUAAACGGUGUGGUGGACAAGGAGACAUUCUUACUGGAAUGAUUGCAACUUUUCUUGCUUGGGGAUCUGCUUAUCAUGAUAAACUUUGGCAGCACGAUAAUUCAAUAUCGCCUAAUGAAAUCCCAAUGCUGGCUAGUUAUGCGGCAUGUACACUUAUGAGAGAAUGCUCACGUACUGCUUUUGAGAAAUUUGGACGCGCUGUACAAACUUCUGAUAUGAUUAACGAGAUUGGACCUUCAUUUCAAAAAUUAUAUGAGAGGUAA